UACAAUAUGCAUGUUUUGGAAUAUUUAUAUUCUGUAUAUUUGUAUUCUUUUUUUCACUCUAUCAUUUAAGUAAUUAUUGUGGAGUCACUACUAUGUUGUUGACCCAUCCUAAGUUUCCUCCCAUCACAGCCAUUUUAAAGUCACCCCUGAGCAGUUUCAUUCCUGUCCUGCAGCUUAGUUCAGAAGGAUGACCGUAUCUUUGAUGUGUCCGGGUGGUUUAAUACAUCAUCCACAGCAUAACUAUUAACAGUGAAUGUCUGAUUUGUAAUUGUUACCCAUCUACCAAUCGCUACCCUUCUUUGUGAGGCUUUUGAAAAGCUCCCUGGUCUUUGUAGUUGUAUCUGUGCUUGAAAUUCAAUACUUGUCUGAGGGACCUUACAGAUGUUGAACGUAAGUGGGACAGAGGAAGGGUUAAUCAUUCAAAAAUCAUGUCAACCUCUACUUUUUCACACAGACUUAACUUAUGUGAUUUGUUAAGCCAUUUUUUUUUAAAAUCCUGAACUAAUUUAGGCUUGCCUGAACAAAGGGGCUAAACACUUUUGUAACGACUAUAUUUUAGCUAUCACAUUUUGAGUAGAUUGUUGAAAGAAAUAAUAACAAUGUAAUCCCAUUUUGUAGCACAAUAAAAUAUGAAGAAAUCCAAGGGGUAUCUGUAAAUGACAAAUGAAAAGGAAGAUAAGACAGAUGAAAAAGAGAUUAAAGGUCGUCGUGGGUGGGGGUUGUACAGGGGGAUGUGGGUAGACAGGCCUCGGUGUAUAAAGGGGCUUGUCUGAAUCAUAAGUCACUUUACCAAACCCCACCACAACUUUACUCUUCACAUCUCUUACCACCACAAAUCAUGAAGACAUCUCUGGUCCUCCUUACCCUCGGCCUACUGGCUUGUUCAGUUUGGGACGUCUGUGGACAAUGCCAAGAGGUUAACCUUGAUGACCAGGAAGUAGUGGAAGCACAGCCAGAAAAGCACAUGGUGCAACAGUUAAAGGGAACAUGCUGGGCGUGUAUGUGGGCACUGAACAAAGUGAAGAAACACAUCUCCUCUUCCUCUAGCGAGGUGCAGAUAAAGCAGAAGCUAUUGUCUGUUUGCGAUAAAUUGGGCCUCCUUAAAUCUCUGUGUAAAGGCAUGGUGAAAAGGCACUUGUGGGUGUUGGUUGAGGAGCUUAGCACCAGCGAUGACGUGAGGACCAUCUGCAUUAACAUUAAGGCCUGCAAACCAAAAUACAUUUUGGAUCUGAGCUACUGACCAAACAGCCAGUAUCCAGAUUCCAAAGUGAGAAGAUGGAUGUUCAGGUGUCAAGACAAUGCUAUGCUGCCAGCCUCUUGCUAUCUCAAAUUCAUUAUUGGAAUGAUAUGUUCUGAAAUAAUGUUUUUGGAACAUUAUUAUAAGUGUAUAGUCAUUCUUAAAUUGCAGUACAUUUUUUAACAUGUAAUUUUUGUUGACUUUUUGCUAUUUUAGUACAAAAUAGUCUAUUAUUCUCUGAAUUUUUUAUGUUUGUGUGAAUUAUUUGGUCAGCAAAAAAUAAACUUCAUUUAAUAUAGAG